UCAAGCAGGUACCGCCUGGCGACUACCUUUUUUCCCCCCCUCCUCUGCACACGACAACAUGGAGAUGAGGAAGAGGGGUGUUAUCCCACCCCCAUGCAUUCUGGCUGCCAUGGCAACAGGGGCUGUUGAGCAAAGGUGUUCCCGCCCUCUGGUCCUCGUCGAUCAACCAAUCAAUCAAUCGUCGCUCGCUCGCUCGAAGGGACUGAAGCGGGAAAGGAUCGGAGGGGCGGAGUCAUGCCGGCCCGCUUCGUCGCCACCUCUGAUUGGCCGUGGCUGUCGGGAGGGGGCGCGGCCUGCGUCCGGUGACGCCGGGCGCUGCUCUGCUGGCGAGAUUAGCCGCUUGCGAGCGAGCAGCUUUUGUUUGCGCCGCUCCUUUUGCUGCUUCUCUUGCUUUCCAUUUUGCUGCUAGGACGUCGGCGCGGGCGCGUGCUCGUGGGAAACCGAGCCACCGUGCUUGCGCGGACCUGUCCGAUGCUACGCUGCGGGGGAUGUGCACGCGCAGAGAUCUGGCCUGCGCGCCGUGGGCUCUUCUCCUAUUGGCCGACGCCUCCGGAGUGCUCGGGGUCACGACCGCUUGAGGCGAAGGACGGAAGGAAAUUGGAAGGAGACAGGAAGUAAACAACAGAAGGGAUCCAACCAAGAAGGGAAAACGGGCAGCAAGCAGGAAGUAAAUAAAAGAAGCCCCACCCCCCCCAAAAAAGAGGAAACGGACAACAAAGUCGGCCCCGCCCCCACUUCCUGUCAGCUGAACGCCGAUGCCGUCUCCGCCCACGAUGACGGGCUGAUCUCCCCCGCCCACCCCACCACGGCAUGGCCUUGACCAAUCGGUCAUCGGUGCGGCCGUCGCUGCUCCUGCUCACUUCCUGGUUCCUGUGUGCCGCCUCAUCAUUCCCGCGAGACUUACAAGCUAUCAGCGUGUUGGAUGAGUCUGGAGACUUCCCAGUGUUCCAAAGUAUGCUGCAGGAUAACCAAACGCGCCGGCUGGGUCUCCACUUCCAAGGGAUGACGCGCGUCAACCGCAUGCUCUUCAUCACCGCCAGGGAUCACGUGUUUGCGGUCAAUCUGACAACGGCGGCGGAGGCCUUCGUACCUCAGAUGACGCUGACGUGGCGCGCCGCAGAUGUGAGCAAGUGCGCCGUCCGCGGGAAAGAUGGCGACGAGUGUUACAACUACAUCAAAGUUUUGGUGCCGCGCGACGACGAGACGCUGUUUGUGUGCGGCACAAACGCGUUCAACCCGGCGUGCCGCAACUACAAGAUGAGCACGUUGGAGCAGGUGGGCUCGGACCUGCCGGGUCAGGCGCGCUGUCCCUUCGAGUCGGGCCAGUCCAACGCGGGAACGUUCGCCGGCGGAGACUUCUACUCGGCCACCGUGACCGACUUCCUGGCCAGCGACGCCGUCAUCUACCGCAGCCUGGGAGACGGACGUCCCGUCCUCAGGACCGUCAAGUACGACUCCAAGUGGCUUCGAGAGCCUCGCUUCCUGCACGCCGUGGAAUACGGGAGGUUCGUCUACUUUUUCCUGAGCGAGAUCGCGGCGGAGUACACCACCUUGGGGAAGGUGGUCUUCUCUCGGGUGGCCAGAGUCUGCAAGAACGACAACGGCGGCUCCCCGAGAGUUCUGGACAAGCACUGGACCUCCUUCCUCAAGGCUCGUCUGAACUGUUCCCUUCCCGGAGAGUCUCUGUUCUACUUCGACGUUCUCCAGUCGCUGACCGGCGUUCUGCAGAUCAACGGACGCCCCGCCGUGUUAGCCGUGUUCACCACGCAGGCUAACAGCAUUCCAGGCUCGGCGGUGUGCGCGUUCUACAUGGACGACGUGGAGGAAGUGUUUAGCGGGAAGUUCAAGGAACAACGCGGCAGCGACUCGUCGUGGACGGCCGCGCCCGAGGACGCCGUGCCUCGGCCGCGGCCCGGCUCGUGCGCGGGCGACGGGCCGGCCGCCGACUUCAAAUCUUCGGUGGAUUUCCCGGACGAGACCCUGGCGUUCGUCAAAUCAUUUCCGCUGAUGGACGGCGCCGUGCCCGCCGUCAACCGGCGGCCAUUUUACACCAGGACGGCCAGCGGGUCCAAGUUGACGCAGAUCGCCGCCGACGUGUCGGCGGGUCCGCGCAAGGAGCGCGCGGUGGUGUUCCUGGGCUCAGAGGACGGGAGGGUCGCCAAGGUUCUGCUCGACACGCUUCCCCACGCCGCCUGGGGCGCCAGACUCCUAGAGGACAUCGACGUCUACGACCCCGACAGGUGCGACCUCGGCGUCCGGGAGGAGGAGGACCGCAGGGUUUUGGGACUGGAGCUGGACAAGGAGCACCACGCCUUGUUUGUGGCAUUCGGCAGCUGCUUGGUGCGGGUGCCGCUGAGCCGAUGCGGACGGCACGGCGCGUGCAAGAGGGCCUGUCUGACCUCCCGUGACCCCUACUGCAUCUGGCUGCGCACGGGACGCUGUGCCGACGCGGCGCCCGGCUUCAAGGCGGGCUUCGAGCAGGACAUCGAGGGAGACCACUCCAACAUGGCCGCCUGCGCCGCCGAUGUCUCAACGACCUCCCGCGACCGAGAAAUGGCCGCCGACUCAGCUUACGGAGUGCGCGGCGCUGCGGCCGGCGAGGAAGACUCCGCCUCUCGCGUCCACUACACUUUGCUGAUCGCCUGCGCGCUCCUGGCCUUCUCGCUGGGCGCCGCCUCCUCGGGCCUCCUGGUGUUGCGCUUCCGCGGCGGCGGCUGCCGAGACGCCCGGCGGAACGGGACGUUCGAUAAAGACCCGGAGGCCUCGCUGCCCGGCGCCUCGUCCCCGCCCCCUCUCGCCAAGCUCGGCGGACUCCCGGACCCCGCGCCCGAGGAGGACAAAACGGCCGCGUCUCCCGGACCCGACGGCCGAGACUCCGAUCCCGUGACCGCGCGCCACCGACUGCCUGCGGCGGAGCCCCGAGUCACCCUGACGCGGGGGGACGGCGAGCUCGGGGCUCUCCCCGCGCCAAACUCCGGCUCGGAGUACCCUUGGCAGAUGAAGAGCUGGGACGACCCCGCCCCCUUUGCGGCAGUGACCGGGGCCGAGCGGCCGGCUCCGCCCGCGUUCCCGCCCACUCAUCUCUGCGGCGACGGCCAGCCGUCGGCGGACGUUUCGGCGUUGGACGACCUUCUCAGGCACAUCCAGCAGGUCAGCGCAAGGGGCGACGGGGGCAUCAGGGUCCUGACGUCCGCCUCAUCGGGGCACCUUCAUCCUCCUCCUCCUCCUCGCGGCAAGACGCGGGCCCUCAGCUUUAACCGCCGCCAUCAGCCCGCGUCCGUGACGGAAGCCUUACCGCUGAAGGCUAACGGCGCCAUCUUGCCGCAGCGCGUCAUCCCGGAGGCGCCCGUCCGGCCUCGGGGCCCCGCCCUCGUCAAGAUAGGCGGCAACCUGCCGCGCCGCCGCAGUUUCAACCGGGGGGCGGCGCCGUCGAGACAGCGGUUGCUGGCCAGAAUGAACUCCUACAACAGCGGCGGGCCCUCGGCACCGCCCGCGCCCGCCGGCGGGGGCCGACGGCGUGCGCCGGCGGCGGCCUGCCUGACGCGUCAGCACAGUUACAGCGAAGGAGUCCACUUGCGGCGCGCCAACGUUCCGGUCACGAACGCUAGCGCCGUGCGCCGCGCCGUCUCGCUCAAGCCCAAGCUGCCGCCCAAGCCUCUGUUUCUUCCCGACGUGCCCACUUUGUUCGCGUCGGAACCGUCCGGCCGCUGAUUGCGGCAGCAAAGGAAGCUACGUCGACGCCGCCACCAGCAGCUUUUGUACCACAUUGGUAUGCGAAGGGUCGUGGGGUCAGCACGAAACGGCACUGAUUCAAAUGUGAAGCCAAUAAAUGACUUGAAGACGUUAGCGAGCCCGAGCGUUUGUUCCAAAAAAGGUUUUGCCACGUGUGUUUGUCAACCAAAUAAGCACGACGUCACUUUGCAUUUGAGCUUUUCCUCCGGCAAGCCGACAAAGGAAGCGGGGGGGCCAAUGUGACCUCUGACCUCUGCUUGUCGCUUGU